CACGCUCUUUCUCCCUCCUCCUCCUCUUCGCCCCGCCUUUCUCCCCUUCUUCUCUACCCCUUUAGUUCUUUCCCCGCCUCGCCACCCUCCACGAUCUCGCGAGACUUGGCCCAGAACAUUGCGGAACGGGUCGGCGCCAUUUUGGGACUGGGACUGGUUGUGGGGGAGGGAAAAGCGGCAAAAGGGGAUUAUUCAAAGUACCGAAAACCUCCUCCCGGGAUCGAGUGCAGCGGCACCCCCAGACCAGGGGCACCUCUGGUGGGGCAGAAGGUGAUUGAAUUACUCAGAUAUGAAGAUCAUCUUCUAGCUUUUUUGUGUGUAAAAGGCCCGGAUAUUUGAAGUGGCCAUUUUGGAAUUACAAUGGUUUUGGAUAUUUUUGCUCCAGAAGUUUAUUAAAAUUGGCAAGAAUCAUCUUUGAAGUGAAUUGAUAAUAGUGAAAAAUUCAACAAGCUACUUAAAAAGGAGAACAGGCAUUUCUUCAGUAUUUUGGUUCAAACGGAUUAUAUAACUGGUUAAAGUAUUUCAGCUGGUGGAAUUUUUGCUUCUUACCCCCUGCCCCCUGUUGGUGUUCUUCAGCCAAAACUGUAAGAUAUGUUUGAUUUGCUUACUGAGUAGUUUCAGCAGUUUCAAGUUACUGUUUAAAUAUUGCUGAAGUUUCAUAGUAGUUUACUUUUAUCUUUAUUGAAAGUUUUAGGAAUUUUUGAUCCCGGUCCUUUUCAUGUCACAAUGGGACAGCUUUUCUAAAUGAAGACCUUGAAAGAAUACAGAGUUUUUUUCAUUUUAUCUUUUAUUUACGUGGAAAUUUAAGAUGUUGCAGUUUCCCAGCAGCAUGGUAGUAUUGAGAUAGCUAUGUGUCUCCUUAUAUAUGCUCAUGUUUAGGAAUGUUCUUCAGAUGUGAAAUUUUCUUUUUGUUUUUGAUUUUUGGCUCAUAAAUUGGAUAUUUCAUGUGGAGUGGAUAAGUACAAGAGUAACAAGUACAUGGAAUAAUAAAGAAGACGGUUCUCAGAAGACUUUAUAAUCUUAAAUCCAAGGAACUUGGCUAAUUCUGGAGAUAGCCAUAUGAAAACUUUACAGAAGUAUGGGUAGCUGACUUGAAGUAACUCUAUGUCAAAUAGUCAUAGGUUAAGUAUCUUCAAAGAACUUGGAAAUUAUUUCAGAGGAUACAAAAUAAAAAAAACAAACUGGAAAACAUAAAGAUUACAGGGGAAAAAUCAACACCUUCCUGUGCAGUCCUGUUGGAAUUUGGACUUGCCAUGAGGUGUUGAAGCCUUGUUUCACUGAGUUGGAGAGACUGGACCUAAAUGGCGCAGCAUGACUUUGCUCCAGCCUGGCUUAAUUUUCCUACUCCACCAUCAUCAACAAAGUCCUCAUUGAAUUUUGAGAAACAUUCUGAAAACUUUUCAUGGACAGAAAAUCGUUACGAUGUGAAUCGUCGACGGCACAACUCUUCAGAUGGCUUUGAUUCUGGUAUUGGUCGUCCUAAUGGAGGUAAUUUUGGAAGGAAAGAAAAGAAUGGAUGGCGUACACAUGGAAGAAAUGGUACUGAGAACAUAAAUCACCGAGGGGGAUAUCAUGGUGGAAGUUCCCGUUCUCGUAGCAGUAUUUUCCAUUCUGGAAAAAGCCAAGGACUACAUGAAAAUAACAUACCUGAUAAUGAAACUGGGAGAAAAGAAGACAAGAGAGAAAGAAAACAAUUUGAGGCUGAGGAUUUUCCAUCUUUAAAUCCUGAGUAUGAGAGAGAACCAAAUCAGAAUAAAUCUUUAGCUGCAGGUGUAUGGGAAUAUCCUCCGAAUCCUAAAUCUAGAACUCCAAGAAUGCUGGUCAUUAAGAAAGGUAAUAAAAAAGACUUACAGCUUUCUGGAUUCCCAGUAAUGGGAAAUCUUCAGUCACAGCCAGUUAAGAAUGGGACCGGUCCAAGUGUUUAUAAAGGCUUAGUCCCUAAACCUGCUGCUCCACCUACAAAACCUGCACAAUGGAAAAGCCAAACUAAAGAAAAUAAAGUUGGAACUUCUUUCUCUCAUGAGUCUACAUAUGGUGUUGGCAACUUUAAUACCUUCAAAUCAACUGCUAAGAAUUUUAGUCCAUCAACAAAUUCAGUGAAAGAGUGUAAUCGCUCAAAUUCCUCUUCACCUGUUGACAAACUUAAUCAGCAGCCUCGUCUAACCAAACUGACACGAAUGCGUACUGAUAAGAAGAGUGAAUUUUUGAAAGCAUUGAAAAGGGACAGAGUAGAAGAGGAACAUGAAGAUGAAAGCCAAGCUGGCUCAGAGAAGGAUGACGACUCAUUUAAUUUGCAUAACAGCAAUAGUACUCACCAAGAGAGGGAUAUAAACCGAAACUUUGAUGAAAAUGAAAUUCCACAAGAGAAUGGCAAUGCCUCAGUGAUUUCUCAACAAAUUAUUCGGUCUUCAACUUUCCCACAAACUGAUGUUCUUUCAAGUUCACUUGAGGCAGAACACAGGUUGUUAAAGGAGAUGGGCUGGCAAGAAGACAGUGAAAAUGAUGAAACAUGUGCUCCCUUAACUGAGGAUGAAAUGAGAGAAUUCCAAGUUAUUAGUGAACAGUUACAGAAGAAUGGUCUGAGGAAAAACGGGAUUUUGAAAAAUGGCCUGAUCUGUGACUUCAAGUUUGGACCCUGGAAAAACAGCACUUUCAAACCCACUAUUGAGAAUGAUGACACAGAGACAAGUAGCAGUGACACAUCAGACGAUGAUGAUGUGUGAAGGAUUUCCUGACAGCUUUAGAAAUUUUAGUGUGAUACAUCUCUCAUACAGUUUGGGGUGAAUUGUAAAAAUGAAGAACUAUAAUUUAUGUAGAAAAUACCCCAUUAGAAGAUGAUUUUUUGGGGGGACUUCAGUAUGAAGAAAACCAAGAAUGUUUUGUUGGGCUGUGUUGAACAUUAUUUCUUUGUAAAUGAAUGUUGUAGAAAUGAGGACUUUGGUUGAUCCAACAUUGACUUUCUUCAUCACUGCGGCAUUUCUCUGACUAGCAAUGUGACGAUGUAACAAAUGAGAUUUUCUCAAUAAUAAAAAAUUGUGUAAUG